AUCUCUCUUUCUCCCACACAGGACUCCGUGAGCUUGCGAUUGUCAUCAAUCUGUGGAAACUGGCCAUUAUUCAGGUGAACAUCUUGAAAAGCCUCUGUUCUGACUAGUUCAAGUGUCCCCAGCUGAAGUGUCAUUUGAGUCCGUGGACCUGAACACAGCACUAAAGACCUCUGAACACAGUCCAUUCCAGGGUGUAGAAUGGUGACUUGGAACAGAUGCAGCAGAUAUUAUUCUUAUAUGAAUUGAACUGAAACUAAAGGUUGCCCGUAAAGUUGAAACCCAUUGAUAAUUCUUGCUAUUGUUUGCUUGUUUUGGGGGGUUUUUCAUCGUGUGCUUGUAAAUGUUGUAGUUUGAUACCUUCAUGCACGCUUUUGACACAUUUUUGACUCUGUUGCCCGUCAUGUUGUUCUUAUAGAAAUGGUUCGGUAAGCAGAGUCCCCUUUGUGUUAGAGGGUUGAGGUAAUGUUUGGUAAUGUUUCAUGAACCGUUUAGUAGACAUGAGCCUAAAACCAAUCAAUAGUUUUGGGGAAGGAGCAAUGGAAGAGAGUCACAGAGAUAUUCAGAAUUCAGGCAAGAAUGAGAAAGGAAGGAAUAGCCCUGACAGUAUUCAAUUUCCAGUCUCGAGUUUGGCGGCCAAAACCGCCGAAAGAGGGGAUGGUGACCUGGGGGGACUUCCUCUCUGUUAUACGUCGCUUGACCGUGAGGGGGGUCAGAAGGCUGGCCAGGGGUCCAAGGGUCAAAUGUCUCAGUGUACGUCUCGUUCACUCUCUCAACAUUCUUCUCUGUCCAAGAAUGAAACUCCCAGUACGACAAUAGACUUUGAGGAUUCAUUUAAGGGUGACUCGUGUGAGUCACGCUACAAACUGCCGACCCACAACACACAGACUGAACCGUGUGUUUCUAAAGAAGAUCCAUCUUCCCCGACAGUAACACGGUCCGUGUCUGAGAGCUCCCUUGUUGGUGAGGGUAGCCUGGGCGCCACACUCGCCAACAGCCUCAAGCUCAUCUCCACCAACAAUUUGCCGGUGGCGGAGAGUCCAGUACAAAGCCGUCAGCUGCCGUCUGCGCCCUCAAGCCCAAAGUCGGAGACUCUGCUCAUAGAAGCGCCGAUUCACAGUGACGGGGACACCAUGCUGUACGGCGAGACAGACACCUGUGUGGGCAAAGACUACCCGGUAGAACACUCGUCUCCGGCGUUCCAGCCACGUAGGUACAAGACACGCUCUGCCACCACCGGGGAGAAAACUGUUGCUUCUUCCAAGACGAAAGGGAGAAAACGCCAGAGGGGUAAAUCUCCUUCCUCCACGCCUGGCAGCCCAACAAAUGCAUCGAGAGAUGGUAGUGCGACAAUGUAUCAGUGUGAGGAGUGUUGUAAAAUGUUUCACAGGAAGCAGACCUUGAAGCAACACUUUAUUACACACACAGACAGAUUCCCUUGUCCUUACUGUAAGGUUCGAUGCAAAAGUAAGGGCGAUCUCAAGACCCACAUUCAGACGCACACCAAAGAAAAGCCGUAUCAUUGCGAUGUUUGUAACACAAACUACACCAGAGAAAGCAUCCUGAAGAAGCACCAGACGACACAAACCCAUAAGAAAGCAGUGAUGGCCCUGGACAAGGUACCCAAGGUAGGACGUGCUGGGACAGAACCCCGGAAAGGAACAAACACAGCGAAAUUGUCGUUGACGGGUCAGUCUGAAGUCAAACUUGAAGGUGUUCCUUGUGAGAAAUGUGAGAGGGUUUUCUCCUCCAAGGCUGCCUUAAGGAAGCAUGAGAAAGUUCACUCUCUGAAGUUCAAGUGCAAGCUGUGCCGGAGACGUUGCCUCUCUUCUACCUUGUUGAAGAUUCACAUGAAACGUCACGACAAACACGACUCGCUACUGUGUAAAAUAUGCUCACGGUCAUUUUUCAAUCAUUUUCUCUUAAAAGAACAUAUGAAGUCCCAUAAAACCAUUCGAAUGGUGGCGUUUGGCAAAUCAGACAGAAAAUCUGCCUGUGGGAAGUUUGGAUGGAAAGAAGUGGGCCAACACGAAUCUCCCUUUGUCAAGCCUGGGGGCAGACCCCCGAAAGUGGCCAAAUGGUCGUGUCAUAUGUGCAGCAAGGCCUACAUCAAUAAGAAAAGUCUGGAGAAUCACGAGAAAGUUCACCACUGCUACAGCUGCACAAUUUGUGAGAAGCGUUAUCCUACCUUGUCCAAACUAAAGAUGCACAUGAAACUCCACGGAAAACCGUACAAGUGUGAUGUUUGUGAGUCUCCCUUCUUUGACCAGUCCGAGUUCAAGGAACACGUGGAGAAGCACCAUGUCCCCCAUGAUGAUCUUAAAUGCAAGAUUUGUUACAAAAAGUUUGAAUCUGCUACUGACCUGCAGUUUCACAUGCAGAACCACGCGCCCACAAUGCUGUUCAGCGGUGCGUGUCUCGACGAGAGCAGUAUACCAGUUCACAAUAAGAACAAGAAAUUUGUACACUCGGGCUCUGCUGUCUGCAAGCUCUCUGAUUCUGACUGCUCGAGUGACAACGAAGAGGACACUGACCUGGCUAGGAAAUCUGGGAAGUCAGACAACACCAAUGCUCACAAAUUAUUGAACGAUAAUGCAUUUCUCGAACUUUUUGGCAGUGUUGUAUUGGAAUUGACGAGGCCAGAUACAAACACCGAGGAGUACGAUUCAGAUGAUGAGCUGCUUGCCACGAUCAAGGUCAUUGUCGAGUCAGACUCGCCUGAUUCACCUUGCGUCAGUGACGGGGAAGAACAGCCUCAUGUGGGGGACUAUAUCAUUUACACUCAGGAGCAGAUACUGGACAAACACAACGACCAAUUCACGCUGCACUCAGAGAUAGAUGCUGGCAAAACCACGUUUGUUUGCAAACUGUGUCACUGCACGUUCAAGGACAGCCUUCUUCUACAGCAACAUUUCCUCGGACACGUUUGUGAAUGUUGCAACAAUUUUUAUCCUCAAAAGGAAGAUCUACGGUGUCACAGGGAGGAGCACAGAAAACAGCUGAUCGUCAGAAUGAAAGACGAAGCCAACUGUUUAGAGCCAAGCCUAAAGGAAUCCUUCAGUUGGGAGUCGUCUGAUACCGGGGACGACGAGGAGAGUGAUGGUUUUCUCAGCGAGAUGGAAAAUGUGCUCGACUGUAAAAGUCACAAAACAUACUCCACGGUGCUUCAGGCUCUGUCACAUGAUGAAAUUAUCAAAGCGAACAAAAAAACCUUUGAGAGGUACUCCUGUAUUGAUACCUCCAGCAGCAUCUUCGCCUGUACCAUAUGUAAAAGAAAAUACGCCCGGCCCACCACGCUGACGAGACACUUCAAGACACACGUGUGUCCCUUCUGUAACCAAUUCUUUGAGGACAAGGCCGACCUGCUGGAACACAAGUACAGGCACCGCAAGGAAUCCUCCGCCCCCACUGUGGACGUCUGUGGGGAGAAAAAGAAAGGUCCUGCGUCACCUCUGGUCUCUAAGGUCAACAGAGAAUUCUUCAAGAAAUUCUCUUUCGUGGACUCCCAACACAACAUAAACCGGUGUACUCUGUGCUGCAAGAACUUUGUUCGGAGGACGGUUCUGACCCGCCACAUGAAGACUCACAUCUGCUCGCACUGCGACAAGUUCUUCGAGGACAAGUAUGACCUGGCCAAACACGUUGUCACUCAUCGCUCGGACAUGUACUACUCUGACUGUGACAACGACGACUUUGCCGAGUACGAGGAAGACGACGAGAGACCGUUUGCCGGUCACUCAGCAGUCGCCGACCGGGGGAAGCUUGUUUCCAUCCCCUCGGCUUUUUCUACCGGCUUGUCCCACUUUACGCCCGCCUUCCACACACAGACGGCCAUGAGCGAGGAGAACCAGACGUUGACCUUCAUCCAGAUCCCGGCCUCUGAGGGAGGGGAGGCGGCCGACCCUCAGAUGUACACCAGCACCACCCCCGGGGGAUCAACUUUUCAGAUCAUCUCUGAGCCAGACUCCAACCCCGAGUCCUUCCUCGUGGCCCCAACCAACGGCGCGGCUGUGGAUCCGGGGAAGAUCAUCACUAUCUCUCAGUCGCAGAUUGUGCCCGAUGAGAACGACGACAGGCAGAGGCUGUUUGAGUGUGGGGACUGUGGGAAGCGUUUCUUUAAGAACGGACACCUCAAAUCUCACAUGCUCAUACACUCUGGCGACAAGCCGUACGCUUGCAGGUUGUGUGGAAAGUCGUUUUCCAGAUCCACGACUCUGAGGAAACAUGAAAAAACUCACAUGAAGAGAUGUAAAAUUUGUGAUUCCACUUUUAACUACAAGUAUGAACUGGACAUCCACAUGGAAAUCCACCGCACGUACGCCUUUUAUAAAUAGGGAUGGAAAUCGUGGACUGGGCGUUGCCUUUCUCACAUUCUUAUAUUCUUUUGUCUUUUUUUGGUUCAGGGCUUUAUGGAAACUGUAAGAACAUAGGAUGGUGUGGAUGGGGGUGUAAAAAGACGUACACAAGACGAACGUAGAGAAACUGAGUUGAGCUCAAUGACUGGCAGUUACUUACGUACACAUCCAUGUGUGGGUUGGCUGCGGGUGUUCUGGUGGGGUUUGCUCCUUCUUUCUUAUCAAACAUCUAUUGUCCUUUUUUCUCCGUCUUUUCUUUUUACAUUUGUUACUCUCUUGUAACAUUUCGGUGCUUAUAAUGUGAACUAGCGCCGUGAAACUCCUACUACAUCUGGACUUUUUAUUGUUCUUGCUUGUCUCAUCUUGUAUGAAUCUGUUUUUGCAUUUGCAGCACACUGUAUCGCCUUUGCUAUUGAGGUUCGAUCUAAAUGUGACAACAUUCUUCUCUUUAAAAUAUAUGUUAAUUUUUUUUAAUUUUAAGCUUUUUCCCAUGUAAUUUAUUAUGUAUGGUUUCGGAUAAAUCAAAGGAACAAAUUUCUUAGCAUAUAUUAGAAUACCAGUAUAUCUUAGAAUAUAUUUUUCUUCCAAACCUUUAUUAACCUAAUACCAAAUAUAGAAAGAGCAACUUAAUAUUUUGGCUUACAAGUUAAAUAAAAUAUUCCUAUACAUUGUACAGUAUAUAAUAUUGAAUCCUGAAAAAAAAGUGUUCACUUUAAUUAAAAUUAAUUAAUUUCAGUUUUAUUGUUUGAGUUCUGAAUCUCAUGUACAUGAUGGUAUGUGACUAUGUCAGGUGUACAUGAAGAUAGCUUGUGCUUUGUACGACAUGCGGGGACAUCACCAGAACAUUGACAGAUUUUCUGUCUGCUGUAGCAGUCGACUGUUCGUAGAGGUUGUUUUGUUUUGUUUUGUUUUUGUUUGUUUUUUGGUGGGGUCCACUGUUCUCUUGUAUAUUUGAGGUGGAUGUUGGUUUGUACUUUGUGCCUUUUCACGGGCGCUCUGUUAGCUUAGUGGGUAUCAUGCUGAACUAUGAAGCAGAUGACUCUGGUUCGUACCCCAGACGUUGUGUUCUUGAACGUUGGUCGUUUUGUGGAGUUGUCAAGGCUCUCACUUCAUCUGACUCUGUCCUGUUGAACAUAUUGGACAUUGGAGACGGACGUUAAAAACUUUGAGGUCUCGCCUCUUGAAUGACUUAACAGUGUUGGAAGGAGCGUUAAACCCGCAUACUGACUUACUGACUUAUUAACCCCUCCAAUGUUGUAUAUUGACGUACCUGGCUCUCGUACGAUAUAAAAUUACACAAACCUCCACAUCUUGAGCAACUUGAUGAUGCGUUGUGCUUUGUUGUCGGAAUCAAUGUGGGUGUACAUCUAUGUUGUUUAUACAGUGAUGGGAAACUUGAACUGUAUUGAUAUUUUUAGAAUAGAAUUAGUAUUUACUGAACUCCUUCACUGCUUCAGCGACGUAAGGCUCACGUCUCCUAUGUGUGCUUUGAGUGGCCGUACAUGAUGUAACAUGUAAUGUAACUGUAUCUUUAAUGUCUCAGAGGCAGAUGAUGCAGAAUGUAUUUCAACUUUAAGUACGGUAGCUUUACAUUUGUACGCUGCAUACGUGGCUAGUGCAUGGCUCGGAGGGGUUAAACUGGUAAGUUACGUUGUCAGAGCAGAUUCUAUGUUUACAAUCAAGUUUAUUCUUUACACAUCAUAUAGAUCUAGAAUAUUUACAUCAAGGCGACAUUGUACAUCUAAAUAUUUAUUUUUGCACGUGAUAUUUGUACUUAACUGUAGCUGAGCAGUAAAACCAAAUAGACCGUUACUUAAUGUCUCUUGACACGAGUCAUUCUUGUCAACAUUUGUGAUUCUCCUCUCUCCUUUUCCUUCAUCGUACGGUACUGAAGACUUUUGGUAGAAAAAUAUUAAAAGAAAUCUUGGUGAGUAGCGCUAUUGGCAACUGUAUCACCCCCCCCCCCCUCCUCAUAACUUCACUUCCACUCCAAUUGCGUGGUAUUGUCAAUUAUUUCUGAAUAGUUUGUUCCCCCACGGCCCGUCUUUGCUGAAACUGAAAUCCGCGGGACCCGUCAGAUUGUCUUUGUUUAGCAAGGGUUUUUUUUUCUUUUAAAUUAUCAGUGUUGGGGUAUAAGUAUACUAUAAAUAUAAGGGGCCUCACCUGUACUUACAAUUACAAUAGAUGGGACUUUUCGUUUUGUCCAGCUUAAAAGUUGUCAGUUAUUGCAAGCCGGCCUUCUGUGUUAUUCUUUGCGUUAGUUUUCUCUGAUGCGGCAUCUGGCUGAUGUAGGAGUUGAUACACAUAUAAAUGAAUUCAGUUUUGCAUGUCACCUGGAAUUUGUUCUUGCAUCAUUAUAUAGAUUGUAAAGUUCAUAGAGCUUGCUGUUGAGCGAGAAUUUGCACUAUACCAUGCUAUCUAUCUGUGAUCUAUUAUUAUUUGAUCCUAGAUUGGUGCCAAUGUUCUCGAGAGAAAAUUUGAAUUUCAGAGUUGAGAGUAGUUAAAAAAAACCCUGUUUUGAAUUACGAUGUUUGGGUGAUGGAUUGUUUCAGUUCCUGUUGAUGG